GACAAAAAUCCAUGUUCUCUGGACUGGUGGUCUUCAUAAUAUUGUGCAAUGAUUGUCAACAACAAAACAUAUCAGCCUGGAAGGGUGAAGAGUCCAUCCACACUCAAUCCACACUCAAUGGAGAGUUCUGACUUCCCACUAGGGAUAUAUGGCAGAUUCUUGUUGAAAUCUAUUAAUUCUAUUUUUUGAACACUCAUGAAUAACCACACACCUUCAAAACCAUCUACCAUGAAGCUAAAACAGACCAUCAACCCUAUACUUUUAUAUUUCAUAAAUUUUGUAAUAUAUCUCUAUACUAUUUUAACAUACAUUCCAUUUUACUUUUUGUCUGAGUCACGACAAGAAAAAUCAAACCAAAUUAAAGCAAAACCUGUCAAUUCAAAACCGGAUUCUGCAUUCAGAUCUAUUAACAGCUUGGACAGUUUGGCUUCAUUAUUGUAUCCUGGCUGUGAUACACUUGAUAAAGUCUUUAUGUAUGCAAAAAAUAAAUUUAAGGACAAAAGGCUACUGGGAACACGUGAAAUUUUGAAUGAGGAAGAUGAAAUUCAACCAAAUGGAAAAAUUUUUAAAAAGGUUAUCCUGGGACAGUAUAAUUGGCUUUCCUAUGAAGAUGUCUUCAUUCGAGCCCUUGACUUUGGAAAUGGGUUGCAGAUGUUGGGCCAGAAACCGAAGACCAACAUAGCCAUCUUCUGUGAGACCCGGGCCGAGUGGAUGAUUGCCGCACAGGCUUGCUUCAUGUAUAACUUCCAGCUUGUUACCCUGUAUGCCACCCUGGGAGGUCCAGCCAUUGUUCAUGGACUAAAUGAGACAGAGGUGACCAACAUCAUUACUAGUAAAGAACUCUUGCAAACAAAGCUGAAGGAUAUAGUCUCGUUGGUCCCACGUCUGCGCCAUAUCAUUACUGUUGAUGGGAAGCCUCCAACCUGGUCUGAGUUCCCCAAGGGUGUCAUUGUACACACCAUGGCUGCAGUGCAGGCUCUUGGAGUGAAGGCCAACGUGGAAAAUAAAGCUCACAGCAAACCGUUGCCCUCAGACAUUGCAGUAAUCAUGUAUACAAGUGGGUCCACAGGAAUUCCAAAGGGAGUCAUGAUCUCCCACAGCAACAUCAUUGCUGCUAUAACUGGGAUGGCGAGAAGGAUUCCAAGUCUGGGAGAGGAUGAUGUAUACAUUGGAUAUUUACCCCUGGCCCAUGUUCUAGAGUUAAGUGCCGAACUUGUGUGUGUUUCUCAUGGAUGCCGAAUUGGCUACUCUUCACCACAGACUUUAGCAGAUCAGUCUUCAAAAAUAAAAAAAGGAAGCAAAGGAGACACAUCCAUGUUGAAGCCAACACUGAUGGCAGCUGUUCCGGAAAUCAUGGAUCGGAUCUACAAAAAUGUCAUGAAUAAAGUGAAUGAAAUGAGUAGUUUUCAACGGAACUUGUUUAUUUUGGCCUAUAAUUACAAGAUGGAGCAGAUUUCAAAAGGGUGUAGUACUCCGCUGUGUGACCGUUUUGUUUUCCGGAAUGUUCGAAGGCUGCUGGGUGGAAAUAUUCGCCUUUUGUUGUGUGGUGGUGCUCCACUUUCUGCAACAACACAGAGAUUCAUGAAUAUCUGUUUCUGCUGUUCGGUUGGUCAGGGGUAUGGACUCACGGAAUCAACUGGGGCUGGAACAAUUACAGAAAUGUGGGACUACAAUACUGGCAGAGUGGGGGCACCAUUAGUUUGCUGUGAAAUCAAAUUAAAGAACUGGGAGGAAGGUGGCUAUUUUAAUACUGACAAACCACAUCCCAGAGGUGAAAUUCUUAUUGGUGGCCAAAAUGUGACAAUGGGGUACUAUAAAAAUGAAGCAAAAACAAAUACUGAUUUCUUUGAAGAUGAAAAUGGACAGCGGUGGCUCUGCACGGGAGAUAUUGGAGAAUUUGACCCUGAUGGUUGUCUGAAGAUUAUUGAUCGUAAGAAGGACCUUGUGAAACUGCAGGCAGGAGAGUAUGUUUCUCUUGGGAAAGUAGAGGCAGCUUUGAAGAACCUCCCACUGAUAGAUAACAUCUGUGCGUAUGCAAACAGUUACCAUUCUUACGUAAUUGGAUUUGUUGUACCAAAUCAAAAGGAACUCACAGAGCUAGCUAGAAUGAAAGGAUUUAAGGGGACUUGGGAAGAGCUGUGUAACAGCAGUGAAAUGGAAAAUGAAGUCCUUAAAGUGCUUUCUGAAGCUGCUAUUUCAGCGAGUCUGGAAAAGUUUGAAAUUCCAGUGAAAAUCCGUUUGAGCGCUGACCCAUGGACUCCUGAAACUGGUCUGGUGACGGAUGCCUUCAAGUUGAAACGUAAAGAGCUUAAAACACAUUACCAGGCAGACAUUGAGCGGAUGUAUGGGAGGAAGUAAUUAGUUUUGGCAUCGGUUUGUUAAAGUGAGCUCAGAUCAAAUAGGAAAAUACUUGAAAUGUGUGUCUCAGGCCGAGGCAAACUCCAUUCCUCAUAUUAAACCCCAGAUGUUACUUCUCACUACAUCACCAUUUUUAACUGACAGGAUUAGUAAAAUAUUAAGACAGCAAACUUGUGUCUGUCUGUUUCUUCCCCCUCCUCCAGUUUGCUUUGGCAUCUGUGACUGAGUUUGUCAAUAGGAGAAUUUUUCUGAAUCAUACUGGGGAAGCAGUGAUUUUAAAACCUCAAGUUUUUAAACAUGAUUUAUAUGUUCUGUAUAAUUGUUCAGUUUGUAACUUUUUAAAGUUUGGAUGUAUAGAAGGAUAAAUAGGAAAUAUAAAAAUUGGUUAUUUGGGGGCUUUUUUACUUGUAUUUAAAAACAAGGGUAUCAAUGUGAAAUUAUGUAAAUUUUAAAUGCUUAUGAAUCAAGUCACUGUUGAACAAAAGAUUUGUUGCUGUGUAAUUAUUGUCUUGUAUGCAUUUGAAAGAAAUAAAUAUACUCAGACUUAUGUUUUAAGAAAUUGA